CGGUGGCCCGGCCGCGCAGGCCUUGCUCAGGGUGGGGUUCGGUCAUCCACAGUUCUUAAAAAACAAUGCAAAACAAACAAAAACAGUAAAAAUGAAAUCCCGCGUGGCUCCCUGAAAUUGCCAGGACUGAGUGGAUCGGAAGCUUCAGGAGGAGGAGAACGGUCGGAGAGUGGUGGCCGCGGCCUCGUCACAGCUACGCGGGCAGGAGCGACCCCCAACCACUGCACUGCAGCCUGGACAAUAUAGCAAGAUCCUCUCGCCAAAAAAAAAAAAAAGGUAUAUCUCUAUGAAUAACUUAAACGAUCCUCCAAACUGGAAUAUCCGACCUAAUUCCAGGGCUGAUGGCAGUGAUGGAAGCAGGUGGAAUUAUGCCCUAUUGGUUCCAAUGCUGGGAUUGGCAGCUUUUCGUUGGAUUUGGUCUAGGGAGUCCCAGAAAGAAGUAGAAAGAGAGAGAGAAGCAUACCGUCAGCAAACUGCUGCUUUCCAACAGGAUCUUGAAGCCAAGUACCAUGCUGUGAUCUCAGAAAAUCGGCGUGCUGUUGCUCACUUGUCUUUGGAACUUGAAAAGGAGAAAAACAGAGCAGCCAGUUAUCGAGAAGCCCUUAUCUCUCAGGGGCGCAAGUUAGUAGAAGAAAAGAAGCUUCUGGAACAGGAGCGGGCCCAAGUGAUACAAGAGAAAAAACAGUUACAACCUUUGAGAGCUGAAUAUCUGAGCUACCUGGAAAAGGAAGAUGACUGGCAAAGAAGAGCCAGGCUAUUGCUGAAAGAGUUUGAAGAUGCUCUCACAGAAAGACAGAGUAUCUACUGUAGUCUGCUGCUUCCUCGCAAGAAGAGAUUAGAAUUAGAGAAGAACUUACUGGUACGAGCAUCCAUUGACCCAGUUGCUACUGACCUAGAGAUGGUAGCUGGUUUAACUGACAUAUUUAAGCAUGAUAAAUAUUGUGGUGAUGUGUGGAAUACCAACAAACGCCAAAAUGGGAAACUCAUGUGGCUAUAUCUCAAAUAUUGGGAACUAAUUGUUGAAAUGAAAAAGUUUAAGGUAGUAGAGAAAGCCAUACUAGAAAAGUAAGACAAGAAUGAGAUAAUUUUAAUGACUCAAGCCCAGUUGUCAUUGUGCAUGCUGGGUAUCCAACAUUUUGUAUAGUGCUGCUGGCAUUGUGACCUCGCGUCACCAUCAGCAGUGACCACUCCUCCACCCCUUGUGAGCAGAAGCACAACAGAGCCUUGAAGACAGAAGGUUUCUUCCUCAAGCCUCUGUAGCUAUUAUAGUUUCUCUGAAGCAUUUAUUAAGCUGCUAGUGUUUUAUUAACCAGUGUAGUAUAAUCUCAUAUUUUAGAUCUAGGUUGAUGGAUUUUUUAAAAAGUCAAAUGUAAGACUGAGUGCAUUAGCUCAC